AAUUGGGCUUACUCUCAGCAGGUAGGUCACAGGUAGAAGGUUAGGUGUUCUGCGUACAUUUUGAUUAAAAAUGGACCGCGAUGGCGAGGUUAUCUCUCCUCAUAUCCGUGCUUCUUGAUCCUGCUCCCAACAACUCUGUAGGCUAUGUUACACUUCUAUACCACAUCUAUUCUGUAUUUACAUCUAUAUACACGCACUAAGAGAGUUUUAGGUCUGUAGUGGAAUCUAAACUGCAUGUUGUAAAUGUACGGCUUUGAUUGUAAACAUUUCUACAAUCUUUUUCAGUGUUAUCCAGGAUGUUGGUCUUUCAAAGCACUUUAAGAUCUGGGAAGUUUAGGUAAGGGUGGAAUGGUUCUGUCACUAGGACCUGAUUAAUUUACCACUAGCUACAUGUAGGCCCCAUAGGCCAAUACGAAACACCCAGCCAGCAGUCUAAGAAGAGUUGGUGUCUUUUUAAGCAUCUUUAACAGGUGUUUUUAUUUGAAUGAUCGUCUAGGGGCCAGUCUUAAUAAAUAAUUCACUUAAGCAUUUCUGGGAUUUCGUGUAAAAGGACCCCUAGAGAAUUGCUUCACAGGCCUCAUUACAAAUCGCACACUUCUGUUUUUAACAAGACCAGCAGCACGGCACGUCAUAAUCGUGUAGUAUGUCAUGAUAGUUCAUUGUUUAGUGCUCUAUUGUGCUGUUUUUUGUAUCUAACAGCUGCUUUAAUCGAGUUAAUAACAUAAUAGCUUCGGCUAUGUUUCUCUAUGGGGUGACGUAAAUGGCCCAGGCUCGGCGGUGAGCGAGGCCUCGCGCGCGUUGUCUGCCCCCUCCCGCCCCUGUUGGCGGCGCGCAGCCUGAUUGGCCCGGGCCUGCGAAAGCUUGCUCGGGGAUUCUGGAUGUACAGGCCGCAGACGCACUACGCCUGGAAAAUAAAGCUAAAACCGGAUUAUGAUCUCUUCGGUGCAAUAAGAAGGCCGUCGGCGUGCUAACGACGAAUCAACGGACCAGGUGUUUUCCUCCCUGAUGAUACACAAACACACACACACAUGCUGUGUUGCUUAAUAUUUGACACUUUUUAUGUGUAUAAAAUUAUACAGUCAACAAAUGUGAAGCAUUGGUAAAAAAAAUAAUCCAAGAAAAUGGAUCGAGGAGGAGGGGUCUUAGAGCUUCACUCCCAGGAUUUGAAAAUGCCCCACACAAUGAUAAUGCAAGACUUUGGCAUGGGGGGCAUGGCCCACAUAGACGGCGAGCACAUUGUGGUAUCGGUACCCGAAGCCGUGCUGAUAUCGGAUGUGAAUACCGACGAGGGCAUCCUGCUGGAGCACGGGCUGGAGGCUGAAGUGGUGGAAGGGCCUGGUAUUGGCAGGGAGGAUGUCAUCAUGUCUGAAUCUAUCCUGGGAGCAGAGGUGGCCAUUGAAGAGGCUCUGGACGCUGACCACCAUGUCCUGGCUGCCGAACUUAUCGAAGAAACGGUGCCCGAACAGGUGUUUGUGACCGAUCUAAUGUCCACACACGAGGACAGUCCACUGAGCCCUGAGCUGGUGUCGGAGGAGGUGAUGGUCGCAGACACGGAGUCCAUAGUUCACGCACACGAGACGACGCCACCCUGUGCGACCCUUAAGACCGACGACGAAGAAGAUGGCAAGAGCGCCUCGGAAGACUACCUCAUGAUCUCAUUGGAUGAUGUUGGGGAGAAGUUGGAUAUCGGUGACGCACCAUUAAAAAUCAGCACAGAGGUGGGCCAGGACGACGAAUCCAAAGAGGAUGAGUUUGGCUCUGAGGUUAUCAAAGUGUACAUCUUUAAGACCGAAGGGGAUGAAGAUGUGGAAAUAGGUGGAACAGAGGUUGUUGAGGAGAGUGAUUUCCCCAACGGGCACGCAGUGUUGGAGCCAACAACAGCAAGCACGGCUCGUUUGCCCAGGGAGAAAAUGGUCUACAUGGCAGUGAAGGAUACCAGCCAAGGACAGGAAGAUCUGAGUGAGCAAACCUUGUUCUUAAAGCAUGACGUUUCUGAGAUGACUGACCAAGUAUACAUGGAGGUGAUCGUUGGGGAAGAUGAGGCUCCUGCCAUACAGGAAGCGCAACUGGAGGAUUCGCCGUCUAAUAAGACCUUUGUUCCUGUUGCAUGGGCAGCUGCCUAUGGUAACAAUCUGGAGUCUCAUUUAGAGAGUAAACACGGUGCAAGCACUCCAUACCUGCAAAUCAGCGACAGCAUCAGUACAAGCCGCGCUCUCAAACAGAGGAUCAAGAAGAAGAAGAAGGGCGAGACCCGGCAGUGCCAGACCGCUGUAAUAAUCGGCCCUGACGGCCUGCCGCUGACGGUCUAUCCUUGCCACAUCUGCGGGAAAAAGUUCAAGUCACGCGGGUUCCUGAAGCGGCACAUGAAGAACCACCCGGACCACAUGUUUAAGAAGAAGUACCAGUGUACAGACUGCGAUUUCACUACUAAUAAGAAGGUCAGCUUUCACAACCACCUGGAGAGCCACAAGCUCAUCGUCAAGAACGAGAAAGUCCCGGAGUACACGGAGUACACGCGGCACUACCGGGAGGCGAGCCCGCUCAGCCCCAACAAGCUGAUCUUGCGUGAUAAGGAACCCAAACUUCACAAGUGCAAGUACUGCGAAUACGAGACGGCUGAGCAGGGCCUGCUCAACCGCCACUUGCUGGCCGUGCACAGCAAAAACUUUGCACACGUUUGCGCAGAGUGCGCUAAGGGCUUUCGCCACCCGUCCGAGCUCAAGAAGCACAUGCGGACACACACGGGCGAGAAGCCGUACGGCUGCCAACGCUGCGACUUCCGCUGUGCCGACCCUUCCAACUUAAAGACUCACGUAAAGAGCAAGCACGGCGCCGAGCUGCCGUUCAAGUGCGCUCACUGCCCGCAGGCAUUUGCCGACGACAAGGACCUGCAGCGGCACAUGGAGGUUUUCCAGGGCCACAAGACUCAUCAGUGCCCACACUGUGAGCACAAGAGCACCAAUUCGAGCGACCUGAAGCGCCACAUCAUCUCCGUGCACACCAAGGACUUUCCACACAAGUGCGACGUGUGCGAAAAAGGCUUCCACCGGCCGUCCGAGCUCAAAAAGCACGCGGAAACGCACCGGGGCAACAAGGUGCACCAGUGUCGGCACUGCGACUUUAAGAUCUCGGACCCUUUCACUCUGAGUCGGCAUAUCCUGUCCGUGCACACGAAAGAGCUGCCUUUUAAGUGCAAACGCUGCAAGCGUGGCUUCAGGCAGCAGAACGAACUCAAGAAACACGUGAAGACUCACAGCGGCCGCAAAGUCUACCAGUGCCAGUACUGUGAGUAUAACACGGCGGACGCCUCGGGUUUCAAACGCCACGUAAUCUCCAUCCACACUAAGGACUACCCACAUAGGUGCGACUACUGCAAGAAGGGCUUUAGACGGCCCUCUGAAAAGAACCAGCACAUAAUGCGCCAUCACAAAGACACACUGAUAUAGCCCUCCUCGGUCCCCUCCACCUCAUAAACCAGAACCUACUUUACACAGCAGAAGAUGAGAACAGAAUGGUACCCCCACCCCCCCCACCCCUCCUCCUCCUCCCCUGCAGGUUUUUGUAAAGGCUUUUCAAUUAGUACUUCUUAAAGUACUAUCCCCAUUAUUGGAGCAGGAUUGCUAGGGUCAGCCAGGGUCUCAAAUCAGUAUAUUUUUAUAUCUACCUGGCUGAAAUGCUGCAAGUGAAUCAUGUCCUCAAUGUUAAUUGGGUAACUAAAGCUUUUAAUAUAUGCUGCGAUUUGAAAAGAAAUGCCCGUUAUGACCCUUGGGAUUCUUUGUAGCCAUGUCGGUGUGGGCUGCAGCGUACUCCGUCAGAGAGUACUAACUAGUGUGCCUAGCUUAUAUGCUAACAUAUUUUUAAUGCCAAUCUAAAUCAUGUCACUGGUUCCAGUAGGUGAUUUGUGGUAUAAAUUAUCUCCAUUUUUUUAAAAUAAUGUUUACUUACAUACCACUCGUAAGUAAACGCGUAUAUUUAUGCAUAUGGGUAUAGUUACAUGCUCAUUUAUACUUAAGUAUACCCCUAUUACACCAACCAGUAAAUUUUCUUACCCAAGAUUUUUGGAGAUUGGAAUCACGUUACUUUGAAUAAAACUUUUUAUCUUUUUUUCCUCCCUCUUUUUUUUUUUUUUUUUUAAAAUUAAAAGCUGUCUCCCUUGUGAAUGCCGCUGCAAGUAAUGUAUAAUAUGUAUAAUCACAUGUAACUGGCAAAUGUGCACAUAUUGUCAUUUUGAAUUCCAAUUUGCAAGUCAUGCCUUACCUGUAUUGUAUUUUUCUUGCACUGAAAUUCAGUAAAUUGAAUGUGAUUUUAUUAUUUUUUAA